UUCUCUCUCUCUCUCUCUCCCCGAUUUGUCCCCCCCCCCUUUUUUUUUUUCCUUCCUCCUCCUUUUCCUCUGCUCGGUUCCUCCCAGUUCUUCACGCUGAGCCAUUGGGGGGGGGGCAGAGAAAGAGAGAGAGAAAGAGAGAGAGAGAAAGAGAGAGGGAGAGAGAGAGAAAGAGAGAGAGGGAGAGAGAGAGAGAGAGAGAGAGAGAGAGAGAGGGAGGGAUUGGGGAACCUCGGCCAACCGUGCCAGCCAGGGAGCCAAAGAGAGACGGGGGCGUCCCGUUUCGCAGCCACCACAGCAGCUGCAGAUGUUUCGCCGCGUCUUUUUAUUUGCUCACUCUCGGAGAGAGUUUUCUCUUCUCUCUCUCCCCCCGCACUCCUCCGCUCCGCUCUUUUUCUCCUCCUUUCCUGCCGCCCGGCUUUGCAAGCACCGCGUAACCCAACGAGCAGCUGCGGGUUUUUCUCUUUAAGUGCUCCAAAAAAACCUUCUCUGAACUCGGGCAGAAUCUGACGUUUUCCCGGCGGGCGAUCUUCUCCUUCCUACCUGCGCCCUUCCUUCCUCGCAAGAGAAGCUGUUUUCGGGGACUCCAGAAGCCCCUGCGACAGGAUGGGCUCCGUAGCUGCUGUAUGCCUGCUCCUGAUUCUCUGUAGGGUGGACUUCUCCCAGGGCGUUAACCCCUUUGCCAUGCAGCAGAUCCCACCGGAUCCUUGCUACGACGAAAAAGGGGCACCUCGCCGUUGCAUCCCAGAGUUUGUCAACGCGGCCUUUGGCAGGGACGUCCAUGCCUCCAGCACAUGUGGGAAGCCCCCCACCCGCCACUGCGAUUCGUCAGACCCCCGGAAAGCUCACCCGGCAUCCUAUCUCACGGACCUCAACACGGCGGCCAACAUGACUUGCUGGCGUUCGGAGACUUUGCACCACUCUCCCCAAAAUGUCAGCCUCACCCUCUCCUUGGCCAAGAAGUUUGAGGUCAUCUACGUCAGCCUCCAGUUCUGCUCGCCCCGUCCGGAAUCGGCUGCUGUUUUUAAGUCCAUGGAUUACGGCAAGAGUUGGGUGCCUUAUCAAUACUAUUCGUCCCAAUGCCGGAAGAUCUACGGGAAGCCCAACAAGGCCACAGUCACUAAACAGAACGAGCAGGAGGCCCUGUGUACGGAUGGCCACACCGAUCUCUACCCCUUGACUGGUGGGCUCAUCGCCUUCAGCACGUUGGAUGGGCGUCCGUCAGCUCAAGAUUUUGACAACAGCCCUGUCCUUCAAGAUUGGGUGACGGCUACCGAUAUCCGGGUCAUUUUCAGCCGUCCUCAUCUCUUCCGGGAACUCGGAGGACGGGACCACGAGGAUGAGGACGGUGGAGGAAGCUCAUCUUCCUAUUAUUAUGCCGUGGGGGAAUUCCAGGUUGGCGGACGGUGUAAGUGCAACGGGCACGCCUCGCGCUGUGUGAAGGACAAGGAAGGCAAGCUGGUGUGCGACUGCAAACACAACACCGAAGGGCCCGAGUGUGAUCGCUGCAAACCUUUCCAUUAUGAUCGUCCCUGGCAGAGGGCCACAGCCAGGGAGGCCAACGAAUGUUUAGCCUGUAACUGCAACCUUCAUGCCCGGCGUUGCCGUUUCAACAUGGAGCUCUACAAGCUCUCUGGACGCAAGAGCGGUGGCGUCUGCCUCAACUGUCGGCACAAUACGGCUGGGCGGCACUGCCAUUACUGCAAAGAGGGCUUCUACCGCGACGUGAGCAAGUCUAUCUCUGAUCGCAAGGCCUGCCGAGCAUGUGACUGCCACCCUGUCGGCGCAGCUGGAAAAACCUGCAACCAAACCACCGGGCAAUGUCCAUGCAAAGAUGGUGUCACCGGCUUAACGUGCAAUCGUUGCGCCAAAGGCUUUCAACAGAGUCGCUCACCUGUAGCUCCCUGCAUUAAAAUCCCUGUUGUCAACCCAACAUCGGUGGUUACCAGCACUGAGGAACCAGCAGAUUGUGAUUCCUACUGCAAGCCAGCCAAGGGCAAUUACAAAAUCAACAUGAAAAAGUACUGCAAGAAAGACUACGUUGUCCAAGUCAACGUCUUAGACAUGGAGACGGUAGCCAACUGGGCCAAAUUCACCGUCAACAUCCUCUCGGUCUACAAGUGUCGGGACGAACGUGUGAAACGGGGCGAUAACUUCUUAUGGAUCCACAUGAAAGACCUGGCUUGCAAAUGCCCCAAGAUCCAAAUUAGCAAGAAGUACCUAGUCAUGGGGAUCAGUGAAAACCCCAGCGACCGGCCAGGACUAAUGGCUGACAAGAACAGCUUGGUUAUCCAAUGGCGGGACGCCUGGACUCGGCGCCUCCGGAAACUCCAGAGGCGGGAGAAAAGGGGGAAGUGUUUGAAACCGUGAUUGGUUCGACCUCACGUCUGUUAUAUGCACACCUCCUUCCCCCUUGUGCCUGUGGGUUGCCUGGACUCUUCCGAAAGACUCUGUACAUAUACAUAACCUAUGAAUGGGUGGAUUCACCUCUGUAUAGUG